AUGUUCUUCGCAGAGUUGAGCUUUAGGUCUACGACCCUGGUACUCCUGAAGUCCCGUUUCUCGGCUAUUAAUCAAACUGGAGUUAUAUAUUAUUAUGAAAUUUGUAAAAUGAUGUGUAUCCGAGAUAUGUGGAGUAAAUUGGCGAUAGGACUAUCAAACCGCCAUUUUUUGCAACGUCUCCAUCCAAGCACAGACGGGGUCACGGGGACCCGAUCCUGGAAGGCGCACAACACCAAAAACACCCAAACUCUUCGUGAUCUCUUUCACGCCUUUCUGUCAAGUCAUCCGGUUGCCGUUCUUCUAUCCGAGAAAAUAAGCAGCGUAGCAACUAGAACACUGGGAAAUAGUCAUAAUGAAUCUGUAACAAGUGGCCAAUAUGACAUAUCCGACCUAAUCAAAAGUAAGAUGUGA